AACUACGAAUUACAUUGUCAAUUUGACAGUAAUACGAAUUGUAUUUGUUUUCAUAUUAUUAUAGGAACUUAUUUAUUCAUCAAAACAACAAGUUUGAUUCUAGAAAAAAAUGUCAUGAAUUUUUCUGCACAGGAAUUUAUGUUUGAAAGACAGCGGAUACGACAAUGGGUUCCCCUUAUUACACAGCAGUAUCGUUUGAGACAUGUCUAUCAAAUAAUUGGGAUAAACUUGGGAGACAAUGGAGUAGGUAGGUUUUACUAUACCCUCCAUUUGACGACAAUGUGUGCGCCUUUUUAUACAAGUGAAGAAGUUACUAAUCCAAAUCCUAAAUGGGCGGAAUUGAACCCAAAAGACAUCCCAAACCUCUCAGCUUCUUGUAUAGCUUUAAGGAUAUGGCAGCACAGUAAAAAUGGUGCAGAUCGGAUUUUAGUAACAUGGGGCAUUAAUUUCUCAGGCCUUUGUUAUAUCGGAAAUAAAAUUUCGGAUAUACAGCCAUAUUUCUUUAAAAAAAAUACUGUGAUAUUUUGUAUGCAAGGAGGAUUCUAUACUAGUCACCAAGUUAUAAGAACAGACUUACAAAAACCUAUACCAUUUUUAAAUAACAUUAAUCUCAUAGAUACUUCUAAUAAUAAGGUUAUCUAUAAGAGAGUAGCUAUUAAGGCUUGCAGUCAAGAUGUGCAACAUAGUUAUAGUGUGGAUAAAUUACGAUAUUUGCAGCAGCUACAAAUGCAGAUAAGAAAUAUAGAAGCUGACGUUCAGAACAUUAGAGAUAAAAUUAAUGUCCUUAAUUCUACAGCCACCAGAGACAAGGAUGUUUCUCAUCAUUCUACAACUUUAGCAAAUGUUAGAUACGCCCCACAAUUAUUAACUAUGAAUUCUUUAAAUAAAAUGUUACAGCAAAAACCAACAUAUGUACAGAAGCAAGAAAUGGCAAAAAUUAGUAAAGAACUGGAAAUAGGAAAAUUCAAAAUAAAACUACUUUCUCAAGAAAGAGACAAAAAAACUGUGAUAAUUAGAACACUAAAACAAAGAUUCAUGGAUUUAUUAGAGAACAAUGAAGAGAGAAAUUCUGAUUUGAUGGAAAAUUACCACAAGCUGAGCAGAGGUUCUGAGAAACUGAAAGAAUAUAAAAAAAACAUUCUACAUCAUAGAGAGAUUUAUUCGACUAUUUAUUGCCAGCUUCAACAGAGAAGAAGACAAUUAUUGAAAGAAUUACUAUUUAUAUUUCCAAUAGAGAAGAAUUCUGAAGACAAGUACACCAUCAUGGGAAUUACACUACCGAAUUCCGAUUUAUUAGCUGAUUCGACUGAUAGUGGGCUCUCUGUUGCUUUAGGCUAUAUAGCUCACAUUCUAAUAAUGUGUUCAACCUUUCUUCAAGUACCGAUUAGGUACCCCAUAACCCACUAUGGUUCCAGAUCAUACAUAACUGAUAACGUUUCACCUUCACUUUCAGAUAAAGAAAGACAUUUUCCUUUAUAUACGAGGGGUAAAGAAAAAAUUCAUUUCACUUAUGCUGUUUACCUGCUCAAUAAGAAUAUUGCUCAGUUCCGUUGGUUAUUUUAUAUGAACACAGUAGAACUCAAAGCGACUCUCUAUAAUCUCUUAACGUUCCUACAGAACCCUAGAGAAAUAAAAAUAGAUGCUUCUUCUUCUUCUUCUUUGAAGCAAUACGAGAUACGGCCAGUAAAGAAGUUAGACAUUGAUCAAGUGGUUAGUCUACGUAGUUUUAAUUCUAUCUCGAACGUAUCCGAUCCGCUUUUAGAUUGUAUAAGAUUGGAAAAUCGAUUAAAAACGUCCCAAAGUCCUAGUAGGAUUGAAAAGAAAUCUGGUGGGAAAAAAUGCGGAGAAUGCGGUAAAGGUCUGAGCGAAAUCCUUGCUGUACCAGAAGCUUAUUUAAACAAGCAGAUCAGCUCGGAAUCUUUCAGGAAUUUUAUGAUGAAAGGAAGAGGAUUGGAACCAAAUACAGUUUGUUGUGAUAGUAGUGGAGCAAUAAAGAUAACCAGUGGUAAAGAAAUUCCUGUAGAUUCUUCAAAACAAGUUUCGAUAGAACAAGGUCAAGAUCCUUUGGCAUCUACUUCUUUACCUAUAGUCAGAACUACCGAUAGUAAUUUGAGAAAUGAAUUGAAAAGUUGCAAAAGUUAUACUAAUAACAGAAUCAGUCGAUCUGUCGGUUCCUAUUCGGAUGACGACGCCGGUUUAGUUUUGAAAACAAAUUUUGAAGUCGGUUCAGAACCGGUACUAAACAUUAAUUCCAAAGAAAAUCAAGAAAAAGCAGAAAAUAGGGAAGAUCGAAAAGAAAUUUGGUUAGAAAGUUAUUCUGGCUUUGAAGAAACGUUAUCAAGAACUGCGAGUUAUGAGAAAAGUCCUUUGACGACUAGAACGAACGCUUUGCGUACAAGUACUACAUUCAAUUUGGUCAAACCAAAAUAAGUUUCAAUAUUUAAAUGUCAAUUCUUUUGGCAAUCAAUAAAUUUUUUACUUGAUAAA